AUUAUUCAACAUUUGGUAGUAGUAUUAUUAUUUGAUCUAUAAAACAGUUGAUAAUCAAUCAAUUAUAACUUUUUCCCAAAAGCAAAACCGUGGUGUGUAGAAAUGGGUGGGGAUCGCUCUGUGAGAGCUGCCUUGGUGACCCUCUUCAUCUUCGCUAUUGUUUCGAUUCCAUUAACGACGUCUGAGGCUGCACGUGUCGUUUAUCUAGAUACGACUCCCAUAUGUCCCGCUUGUGUGUGCUGCAGUCCACCUCGACCUGGGUCGUGUUGUACGGAAUGUUGUGCUGGUGAAAUCACUGAUCAGGCCCAAGGCUUUCCAUGACCAUCUAACCUCCCCCAAAGCCAAAUACGUUGAUGAAUAACACAUGAGAUCAAUAUGCAUGGUUUUAACUUAUAAGUAAUGAGUAAUAAAUUAUACAGGAAUAACUUAAUUAAUUACCAUGAAUUAUUUAGUAUAAUAAGUUUGUUACGUCUCGCUCUCACUUUCCUCUUGUUGCAAUUUCUCUCACUCAUCAUAACGUAUAUAUAUAUGUACUUUUAUUA